ACUUGUUGUUGUUUUUUUGUUUCCGAAGUGAGUGGACGUGUAGCGCACGGCUUGUUGAAGAGAAAAAUAAAAGAAUAAAAUAAGAGGAAAGAAUAGAAAGAGGAAUUUGAAAAGGAAGAAAAAGAAAAUUGAAAUCCAUAAGAGAAUUUCUUGGUAAAUGGACACGCGUGUGCUUGUUUGUACUCGUUCACCUUCACUAGCCGCAAUUCGACAUAAUUUUUUUUUCUGCUGUGUGUGUGUGUGUGAUGUGUAGUGCAAAACGGAGAAACGGCAAUGACGACGAAGACGACCACCAAAAAGGAGGAGUAAACGUUACCAAGAAAAUGUGGCCCGUAACACAACAAGAAAUGGGUGAGGGUGGCAAAAAAUAGAAAGAAAAAGUGAAAAAACAACCGUAAGAAAAAGUCUGGCCGCAGCAGCACAUGCACGCACACAAGCACGCCAAAAACAACGCGAAAGAAAAGUGAAAACGUGCAAAAAGAAAAAAAAAAAAAAGGAGAGAAGAGAAGAGAAAAAAAACCAAAUCAAAAUAGACAACAGCAGUGAAAAUGUGUGACACAGCGAUAAAUGUAAAUUCUACAUCAACAACAACAACAACUGCACCAGCAACGACAAUAACAUCAACAGGAGCAACAUCAACUGCAUCUGGAACCCAAUUACCAGUAGCUACAAUUCCAGCUACAACUGCUUCCAAGAAAGAAGCACAACAACGGACGCUACAAAAUUGUUGCCGUCUUUGCAUUGCUCCGGCCACAGAAUGUAUUUCGAUCAUCAAUAGCUAUGCAGCCGAUAAGGAGCCUCUGACUACCAAAAUCUAUAAUUGCGUCAAUAUCAAGAUCACAUCACAGGAUCGUUUGUCACAACAGAUUUGUCAUGCUUGUAUUAGCUAUCUAAAUUCAUGGCAAAGUUUUAAAAAUCGUUGCCUUAGCUCGCAAACCAAACAGCGGCAAUGGCUGGAGACGACGUCUACAGCGUCGUCGACGACGACGACAACGUCAAGUAAUAAAAGCAAACUUUUGAGCUAUUUGGAUUUGAAUAGUUCGGAGAAUGGAACUGGAACAGCAACAGCAGGAUCUGAUCACCAUCAAGUGGCGGCCGAGAAUGAAACAUUUGUUGCCGGCAGCAGUAGUAGCAGCAGCAACAACAACAACAACAACAACAACGAUGCGGCAUCAGAUGAUCCAGCGGAUAAAUCCGCAUCUACCUUAGCAGCAUCAGCAUCCGCCGCAGCGGCAGCAGCAGCAGCAGCAGCCCAUAUAUUGGAUGGAAUACCAGCGCUAAAGAAACGCAAAUCUUUAACAGUCUAUCCUCUGCCCGCUGUGCCCAUCAAAGAUGAGCCUAUCGACGAUACCGAUGAUGACUAUCAGAUGAAGUCCAUAGAUGAAUCCAUAGAUGAUAUGGUUGAUCCCACAAUGUUCCUAGAGCGUUCUGAGCACGAAGGCGAUGUCCCAUUGAUGACUUCGGACUAUGAUUAUACGGCUCAGCAUGGCGUUACAGCAGCUGCAGCGGCUGCUGCGCUACCAGCUAGCGCUGUUGCCAGUGUCGCCGCUGCUGGUGACUCAAAAGUGGCCAGUUGCCGGGCAUGCAGCCUACAGUUCUCCACACGAGCCAAUGCCCGACGGCACGAGCGUAAUCUGCAUCCGAAUCUCUUUCAAUUGUCCACCGAUUCGCCCAACAAUACCCCAGUUACAAAGCCAACGCCAGCUCUGGCUGCCGCAUUGGAAAUCCAACGGGCCGCUGCUGCGGCAGCCUCAGCUGAGGCAAGUCGUUCCGGUGGCAAUAUGUCAACGCAAAAGUAUCGUCAGGUGGUAAUGAAUGCCUUUAUCAAAUGUGAAGCCGGCGGCUAUGACUACGAUAAUCCCGAGCAAUAUCAAUCCUUGCUGAGUCGCGACAAAGUUGAAUUUAUUGAGCAGAAUGCCGAAUUCCUUGAGCAGUAUCAGACGAUGACUUGUCGUUGUUGCAAUAAGUUCUUUAGCACCUAUAAGAAUUUUAUGGCCCAUGUGCGCAAGAAGUAUCCAUUGUUGCCGCGUAAUCUCUGUUUCAAUUGCCUCAAGAUGAACGACUCGAAGGCGUUGUUUAUAUCACAUCUUAAGAAGCGCAACUGCAUUAAUCUGUACAGAGUUAUGAAUGCCAUCAAUAACAAGCAACAACAGCAGAACGAUGGAACCUCAGUUGGUCCGUCGCCUGCUGCUGUUCCAGUUGUCGUCCCAGCGGCUGUGACAGUUGUUUCCGGUUCGAGUGGAACAAGUGGCACAACAACAACAACAACAUCUGACCGCCCAGAGAAACUGCGGGCCAAAGAGCUUCUGGUCAAUAAGCUAUACGAAUGUAAACUCUGCCCAAAAGGUUUUCGCACCAAACAUGAGUUCCGUACCCAUGUCUAUGAUAAGCAUGCGGAUGUUCAGCGCAAAGAUAACAAUUCCAUUCAAUGCAGUUUCUGUGGCCUAGACUUUGCCGAUCCUGUGGACAGGCGGCGUCACUACAACAACAUGGACUGCAUUGUUCGCUUGCGAUGCAUGACGUGUGAUGCCAAACUGGAGACGCAUCAGCGAUUCCUCGAUCAUGUCUAUCAGGAUCAUUUGGGCGGCUUGAGCAGUGAUAAUGUCUCAUCGACGACUGUGAUUGGUACAACUAAUGUGGAUAACACCCAUUCGCCAGGCAAGAAGAAUCUGCUGGGUGCUCUGGGCAUAGGAUCGGCAGAUGAAUCUCGUAGUGCUGCCACACCAUCACUAAUAACAUCUACACCAAAGCCAGCUGGAGCUGCUGCAGCUGCUGCUUCCACAGUGACAGCUAGUGGUGGUUUAUUAGGUGGUGGAGCCGUGGCAUCGUCGGUGGCCAAUCGUGAUCGUGAUGGAGCACCAAAAUCUCAAUAUUUCUCCCGCAUGCCCCAGGUCUGUCCCAUUUGCGGCCAGCAGUAUAACAAUUACAAUAAUGUGCUCCGUCACAUGGAAUCCAAGCAUCCCAAUAAACUGCCCGAAACAUACAAAUGUGUACGCUGCGGUUUGGGCUAUCCACGAAUCUCUUAUCUGCGUGAGCAUAUGAUCAAUGUCCAUGGCGUUGAUAAAAAUCGCCAUUCUGGCGGAUUUGAGUAUAUUGUUAAUGCGGAUGCUGUUAAACUAGCCGAUGGCAGUACACCCAAUGUCUAUACGGGCCGAUAUGAUUAUGUGAUGAAGGAUCUGAUGUCGAUAACAAAUGGUGGGACCCUCGAUGAUGACGACGAUGAGGGAACAACUGGCAGUGUGGCCAAAAAGAUACGACUGGAUGACAGCAGUAAUAAUAGCAGCCUGAUGGGCAUGGCCGCAACACAGCAAAAGGAGUGUCCCAUUUGCAAUGCAGUAUUCAGCAACAAUAUUGGUCUAUCCAAUCACAUGCGUUCACAUUAUACAGCCUCUGCGAAUGCCUCCGCAUCGGCGAAUGCUUCUGCCUCGACGUCUGCCUCAUCUAGCACAAAUGCUGCUUUGGCUGCAGCCAAUCGUAUGACACCCAAAUCAUUGACCAUAACAGCGGCUCCUCCGAUUACAGCGGAUACACCAUCAAAUAAGAGCAAAACAAUAUCAUCGGCGGAGACAAACUCUUUGGCCUCAUCGUCAGCCGCACCGCAAGUACAGGCAAUACAAUUUCGUCGCAGUUUGGAUCAGGCAGCCGAUCGUCGUUUCCGGCGUAUGCGUUGCCGCAUAUGCCAGCGACGCUUUAGCUCCAAGAAAUCCUAUCGUUAUCACAUGCUUACCGACCAUCAAGUGCAGAAUGUUCAGUUCAUUAAGUGCAAACUUUGUAAUGCCGAAUUUGCCUAUGAGAAGGGAUUGAAAGUGCAUCUGUUCAAGGUGCACGGCAAGGCCAUUAAAGAUGAGAUGAUAAUUAAGCAAUUUGAAUGCGAAAUUUGUUCCAUAGUCUACAGUUCGGAGAUGGAACUGCAGCAGCAUAAGCGAAGUGUACAUGAGUUGGCCACAGCUUCAUCUUCGGCAUCGACAGCAGCUGCAGCAGCAGCAACAACAGGAACGGCAGCAGCAUCAGCAACAUCUUCAUUGACAAACAAUGUUGGUUCUCUUACUGCUCCAUUGUAUUGGUAUCAAUGCAAAUAUUGCCCAUCCAAUUUCAAUACGAACAAAAAGUUGGCCAUUCACAUUAAUUCCCACGAUGAAUUCGAUUCUAAUGAUUAUUCGUGCAAAGACUGCGGCAAUGUCUACAGUGGCAGAAAAAGUCUCUGGGUUCAUCGCUAUAAGAAACAUCCCCAAGUGCCUGAUCCGGCCGAGUGUUGCCUAUGUCGUAAAGUAUUUUUCGAUCGUCAAAUGCUGGACAAUCAUAUGCCCACUUGCAAUCGUAAGCCGAUAACAUCCACAGGCGCACAUCAACAACCACAACAGCAACAACAACAACAACAGCAGCACCAAAACCAAAACCAACAAGAUCAUCUGCGACGUGGUCUUGUUGUAUUCAAGCACAAAACUGGCGACGAUGAUGACGAUGACGAAGAAGAUGUUGAACAGCAAUCGCAACUUAAUUUGGAUGAUGGAACUGAUGAUGGAGCUUCUGCGCCCGCAGCUGCGGCUCCUUCAUCGUCAUCGUCAGCGGCGGCUCAUGUCAAGAUACGCAUACCUGAGGUGGCUUGCACCAUUUGUGGAGCACGCUUUAACGAUCAGGAAAUGUUCACUAAGCACAUACAGAAACAUGAACAGGAAUUGUAUGUAGAUAAUCCAUUAGCAGCUAUGUUUGACGAUAGUCCAGCUGAUCCGGGACAAUUCCAAGUGGAGCGACAGAACGAGAAUGGGGAAUAUGCAUGCGAUUUGUGUGCCAAGACAUUCCCCCAAGUGAUUGCACUUAAGGUGCAUCGCAAAUGGCAUUUCAGAGGUGAUAGCAAGCAGAACCCCAUCGACGGCGAAGCGACACAGUUGAACAACAACAACAACAACAAUUCGAUGUUGCAUCUACGCGAACUGCAUGCAGUGGGUCUAGUGCCCAAUCAACAGCAGCAACAACUGAACUCCAGCCACAAUCAGAGCCAGCAGCAGCAGAGCCACAAUUCAUCAGCGACCUCAACGACGGGAGCAAGCAAAUCGCUGAAACGGAAACGUGAAUUGAAAUGUGAUUAUUGCGCUUCCACCUUCAUCAGCAACAACAAUCUGCGUCGUCAUAUGUAUGAGCUGCAUAAACAUGAGGUUAGCCAUUUGCCCGAACCACCGGUCAUUGUGGUUGAUGACCCGCUCUCAUGCCGCCGUUGUGAUCUACAAUUUGAUACCAAAGAAUUGUGGAUUGAACAUAAAUUGGCCGAUGCGAAAGUGGUGCGUCCUUUUUGUCCCUUUCAAUGGGGAUGUGAUCUAUGUGGCGAAUACUUGUCACGCAAAGAGAAGCUCAUCAAUCAUAUUAACAAUCACCUUAAGGAGGAUGUUAUAGUCCCCGUAUCAGAGAAGUUAACCACAGCAGUCGCUUCAACAGCAAUGUCAACUGCAGCAGCAGCAGUUGCAGCAACCACAACAACAUCAAAUGCAAGCGAAACAUCUAAGACUGGAAUUAUAAAAUUAGAGCAAAAGCCAGAAUCAAGUGUAGAGAUAUCGUCUAAAAGUGAAGGUGUUGUCGUCGAGCAGAAGGUACAGAUAAUGGCAGAUGUGAAAAAUGAGAAGGCGUCGACUGCUCAGCCAGAAGAUAGCGAUCUGGACGAAGGGGAUGAUGAUAGCUCAGAUGAUGACGAUGGAGAGGAUACUUCUGAUGACGAUGAUGAUGAUGAUGAUGACGACGACGACGAUGAUGAUGAUGAUGAUGAUGACGACGACGAUGAUGACGACGAAGAGGAGGACGAUGAUGUGGAAGUGGCACAAGUUGUUGAAAUCGAACAGCAAACUAAACCAGUGCCAGAUGCAGUUCCAGUUACUGCCGAUGAUGAUCUCGUCGAGGAAGUUUUAAGCUCCGAUGAAGCUGAUGAUGAUGAUGACGACGAUGAUGAUGAGGAUGAUGAAGAUGAUGACGAUGAGGAUGACGACGAGGACAAUGACGAUAAUGAUGAGGGAGAGGACGAAGCUAAUGUUGAUGAAGAAGGCAUUCCAGAGCCACCCAUUUUAAAUGGAAAACAUCAGUUAAAAAUGACACCAAGUUCUGUGGAAAAUAAUGUUGAUGAUGAGCAUGUUGGUGAAGUGGAACAUGAUGGGGUUAUACCCAUUGAGGAUAUUAUUGAGGAGUAUGAUGUUGAUGAUGAUGAUAUUGAGGAGGAUUUAGAUGGUGGUGUGGUCAAUGAUGGCGUUGUUGUUGUCGAAGAAGAAGAAGUUGAUGAUGACGAUGUUGAUGAUGACGAUGAUGAUGAUGGCGAUGAGGAGGAUGAUGAUGAUGUUGGUAGAGUAACUAGAAGACCUGUAGCCACAUCGACUACGUCAUCAUCGGAGAGUGAAUCAUUGACAACAAACACAACUUCACAUUCAAUGGGUGAGCGGCGUAAAAAGAAGGCAACAGCAACAGCAGCGGCAGCGGCGGCAUUAACUGACGCUGCUGAUGCUGAUGCUGAUCAGUCUGAUAAUUCCAGCUAUACGUGUGAUCUAUGUCAACUUUGUUUCGAUUCUCAGGAGCAGUUGCAGACCCACAUCAAAAGCCAUUUUCUGAAUGGUCCAAAAAUGUCAAUGACAACGGCAACACCAACAACAACAACGGGUCUAAAAGUGGUGACAGCGGCAGCGACAGCAGCAGCAGCAGCAGCGGCGAAGGCGGUGGUGAGCACUUCUUCUAAUAUCAUAAACAACAACAACAAAACAAAUAAAAUAACAACAACAAUGACAACAAAAUCUUCGUCCGUUAAGACAACAAACUGAUUUUGAGUCCAACAUUGCUCCUCACAUCACGCACCACCCGCGCUUCACACACUCACACGACCAAAAACAAAAGCUACAAAACAUGACUACAAACAAUCUAUCCAUUCAUCCAUCCAUCAAUCAAUCAAUGAUCAUGAAAAAUGUACAAAGACCAAUCAUCAGCAAACAUCAUCAUCAAAGAACAAUUACAACAGGCCUCAUAGCAUUCCAUCAGUAACAACACAUUUAUGUACAUCUACAUAAAAGCUUCUUUGUAUGUGUGUCAGUGUGUGUGCAUAUGUAUGUUUGGGUGGGUGUGUUUGUGUGUCUAUAUAUAUAUAUAUAUAAGAUUAAGACAUAGUUUUAGCUAAAGAUGUAAAACUACAACUAAUAUAGUUUUUUUUUUUUCCUUCUUAAAUGUUGAAUUAGUUUGUAUCUACACAACCAACGCGCACACACACACACACACACAUCACGCACACACGCACAGACACAUACAAAAAAAAAAUACACUCAUAUACACAAAAGCACAUACAAAAAUGCAUGCCAGAGAAAAGUUUAAGUAUAUAUAGUUAGAUUUACGUAUACUUACCACACUUAUAUAUAUAUAUUUAUAUAUAAUCUCAAAACUAAAAACAACAAAGUAAAAAAGUAAACAGAAAAAAAUGGUGUUUAAGCCGUACCAAAGUAUAAUACAAAAAGCAAGUAAUAUAAAAACGUAAAAAUAACAAAAGAAAUACUAUAAGAAAAACUUCGGUAAGCCGAAUUUUUAUUUACCCUUGCCAUUAAUAUUUUGAAUAUAAAAGAUCAACACAAAAGUACAUACCAAAUACAUUUUAGCCAACCCUUGUCAAUUGACCGACUCUAGGAGGUUUGGAUUCAAAAAACACGCAUGCGAAUAUACCAAAAAACAAACAAACAAACAUAUAAUUAAGUGAUUUCAAUUGUGACUGAACUUUUAGUAACAUAUAUUAUCUAUGCAUUAAGUCAUAGUAUAUAGUAAAAAUGUCCGAUUUUAAACAACAUAUACACAACUACAAUUUUAAGAUUUUCUCUUUAAAAAUGCUUAUUAUUCUGCAUGCUAAUUUCAAUUCAUAUCAAUUUCAAAUCAAAUUUCAUAGACAUAGCUUUAAAAUUGAGAGAGGAGGUGGCAAAAUAAAAAAAAAUCGAGUUAAACGAUCCUAUUCAAAUAUAUAUA